AUGAAGGAGUAUCAGCGUUUUCCUCACAGACAUGAAGUCCUCCUCCAGUUCUUGAAAACCAAAACAGCACUCGUUAUCUUCAUACUAUUAACUUAUGUCUUUGGUUACUUGACCGCUUACUACAACCAUCAACCAUUACACGUGUCCGUGCCACCACCAACAUCAACAACUGUCUUGAAGACCGUCAAGGCCACAAAACCUCGCGGUUGCCUAGUUGACAACUUCCGUGUAACGACUCGCUGCGGCGAACUUGUCCCGCCUGAAUCAAUCCGACAAAAGGUUGUCGACAAGCUCUUCAACGGAACUUCACCGUACGUUGACUUCCCGCCACCGCACGCCGGAAAAUAUCUCCGGUCAAAACGUAUCAAAGGCUGGGGGUCUUACGGAGCUUAA